CAGUCCCUGAGUCUCCCCCCUAACCCGUUUCCAUUAGUUAAGCAAAUGGCGUCGUACAGGUGGAUAUCGUUGCGUCAAAUUUCCCAAAUGAUGAAUGAAUUUUGAAUACCGUCGCGCAUUUCUCGAAAAUUGAGGGUAUUGCCAGUUCCGGUAAGCCUCUUCUCGACCGCGGUACAUUUUCUUCUUACGGGAUUGAUCCCGCGACGUGAGAAAACGCGUGUUUCCUCGGAGGUUUUCUCAGUAUGUAAACAAACAUUGUGCCACACAUUGAGUACUGUUGAGUUGUAUACCGUGAUGUCCCGAAAAAUCCCGCGGUUAUCACCAAAUAUCCAUCUGCUUUUUCUGUAAUAUAUGCGUGAAUACGCGUGGGAUAUUGAUGGAUUAUACUGUGCAAAUUGCAAUGUGUUCUCAGCAUCUCUGAUGCUUGUCUAAAAUCUACUUUCAUCGUCUCUUCAGUGUUUUCUUUGAAAUUUCGCAAGCCUUUUUUGUAUCUCUUAUACAGUACUAUUUAAUUGACGAAGAUAUGUAUUGACGUUUUCAAUAUUUUGCAACAAACUGCAUAUCAAACCAUGAACGAAGUAAGUGGAGGAAAACAAGAUGUGCCCAAUGCCUCAAAUUGGGAAGCCUUAUCAGGACAGUCGGUGUCUUCGUUGCCAGUCAUGCAUCAUCAUCAUCAAACGCUACAGCAGGAUACAAAUUCGACAGUCGCACAAGUUAUAGUUCCUACACCUGUUAAGCUUCAAACAUCCAUAUUAACACCUACGCAAACUGUAACCGAUCACUGUCCGCAACUUAGUCAUAUACAACAACCACCUCUUAUAACUCAGGGUACACCACCAGGAAGCUUUUCGGAGUAUGAAUUAUCUCUGGAACUUCAACAACAGGGUUGGAAGAAGUUUUGGAGUAAACGGGAAAAUCGGCCAUAUUUUUGGAAUAAAUUGACGGGAGAAUCUCUAUGGGUAGUUCCUUCUUUGAAACCUCAGUUUGAUCCAAUCACGGAUCCACUUGGCAUUUGUGGUGUACCACCUCCACCUGGAAAUGGAACGAUUCCAGCUACACCAGGUUCUACAUUAAAACGAAGAGCAUCGGAAGAUGGAGCUGUUCCACCAGCAAAGAAAUUUGUAUUGGCAGGUCCGUGGGAUUUGGAAAUACCUACGAAUGUUAUAAUAUAUGAGCGAGCACCAUCAAAUUUGAUGCACGUUCAUCCUGAAGCAGAAGCUCUGCGCUGUGCUUUGCUAGCUAAGUUACGACAGUGUUACCAAGAGUUAUGUCAUACUCGUGAAUCUAUAGAUGCACCGAAAGAUUCCUUCAACAGGUGGCUGAUGGAACGAAAAGUCAUUGAUUGCGGCUCAGAUCCGUUACUACCGAGUCAAUGUUUCCCUGAGAUUUCAAUGUCUAUGUAUCGCGAGAUUAUGAACGAUAUUCCUAUUAAAUUGGUAAGGCCAAAAUUUACGGGAGAUGCGAGGAAACAAUUGUCACGUUAUGCUGAAGCGGCGAAAAAGAUGGUAGAAUCAAGGGCAGCAUCACCUGAAAGUCGAAAAGUAGUCAAGUGGAAUGCGGAGGACACUUUCCAAUGGUUGAGAAGAACAGUGGGCGCCACGUUUGACGAUUUCCAGGAUAGGCUCGCUCAUCUGAAGCGACAAUGUCAACCGCACCUCACGGCAACCGUUAAAGCCAGCGUUGAAGGCAUAUGUCUGAAAAUUUAUCAUCUGUCGACGGAAUAUGCGAAAAAGGUGAAAGAUAAAAAUAACCAAAUCCUUAAAGAUAAUGGUCUGGGGGAUGUUAUACCGUUAGGAGGUCCUGUUAGCACGCAAAGAAAAGUUUGGUGUUAUCCAGUGCAAUUUUCCCUUCCCACACCGAGACUUCCACAAGUGGAUUAUCUUCCUGAGCGCGAGCAAAUAAUGCUACGCUUUCACGGUGACACCAUGUAUAUUAAUAACACGCACUUUGCUAAACUGGAACAUUUGUAUAGGUAUAACGGUUUUGAUGAUAAAAAGUUUGAAAUGUUUCUGUCACGCGUUUGGUGUAUGUUGAAACGCUAUCAGACAUACUUUGGAAUCAACGAGGGCCAAGCAACCCAGAUGGCUCUUCCGGUGACGGUUUUCGAAUGCCUUCAGAGAUCGUUCGGCGUUACGUUUGAAUGUUUUGCCUCACCUCUAAACUGUUAUUUUCGACAGUAUUGUUCAGCGUUUGCCGAUACGGACUCAUAUUUCGGAUCGAGGGGACCAUUCUUGGAUUUCAGGCCGGUCAGCGGAUCGUUUCAAGCAAAUCCACCAUACUGCGAGGAACUUAUGGAAGCUAUGGUCAACCACUUCGAACGUCUUUUAGCUGAUUCGGCAGAGCCUUUGUCGUUCGUGGUAUUUUUACCGGAGUGGCGUGAUCCGGCUCCUAAUGCGCUUAUAAAACUCGAGGGUAGUCACUUUAAACGUAAACAAGUAGUAGUACCCGCUAUGGAACACGAAUAUCGACAUGGAUUCCAACAUAUUCUUCCAAAAGGUGAUGUAAACAUUCGAGCGGUGCACGGCACGCUAGUUGUAUGGUUACAAAAUCCAGCUGGUGCUGCACGAUGGGGACCUACUGAAGAGCGAGUCGAAGCGUUAUUGGAAGCAUGGCGACCCGGUCGAGAACGAGAAAGAGAUAGGCAAGAGCUCCUUUCUCCGCCACGACAAACGCAUCAACCGAUACCGUCAACGCCUGUACCGUCAGUACCUGUACCGACAACACCAACGCCGACGGUGCCAUCUGUACAGCCGCUACCAAGUCAUCCUAUCUAAUUAAGUGAUACAAUUUAGUUAGUGAUAUAAUCUUCGUGAAAUAGAGAAAACGUAUAAGUAGAAAACAGGAAAAUUAUUUCCUAUAUUUGGAGAUAAAUAUGAUUUAUC